GCCUUCGCUCUUCGAGCGACCGGGAAGCAUGAACAACAAGCCGAGAGUUUCUUCGGCUUACCACCAUGGCGCACCCUGUACUCGCACCCACCAGAUCGGAGCGAUCCUCCUCGUCGCCGCCACCUUCUUCUUCACCAGGCUCUUUGAUCAGUCAUUCUCCUUGUGCAACUUCAAUCACAACAUCGCAUCACACAACGACAUCAUUCGCGUCGCCGAUGGAAAUGGCGGAGCGCUCUCUUGGCCGGAGAGAGGGUACGGGUCACACCUCUCCCUCAAAAUCUAUGUCUAUGACGAGAACGAGAUCGACGGCUUGAAAGCGUUGUUGUACGGAAGGGAUGGAACUAUCACCGCCAAUGCCUGCCUCAAAGGCCAGUGGGGUACUCAGGUUAAAAUACACAGGUUACUUCUACAAUCUCAAUUCCGUACUACGAAGAAAGAAGAAGCUGAUUUAUUUUUUGUGCCAGCUUAUGUUAAAUGUGUACGGAUUAUGGGUGGUCUUAAUGACAAAGAGAUUAAUCAGACCUAUGUCAAGGUGAUAAGCCAAAUGCCCUAUUUUAGGCGGUCUGGGGGACGUGAUCACAUAUUUGUCUUCCCAAGUGGUGCUGGAGCUCACUUGUUUAGGUCUUGGGCAACAUACAUAAAUCGUUCCAUAAUUCUUACUCCUGAGGGAGACCGUACUGAUAAGAGAGACACAAGUGCCUUCAAUACAUGGAAAGACAUCAUCAUCCCUGGAAACAUUGAUGACGGAAUGACUAAAGAUGGGGCUAGGAUCGUCCAGCCAUUGCCCCUAUCAAAGCGGAAGUAUUUGGGUAACUAUUUAGGUCGGGCGCAGAAAAAAGUUGGUCGUCUUAAGUUGAUUGAACUUGCAAAGCAAUAUCCAGUGAAGUUGGAAUCUCCAGAGUUGAACUUUAGUGGCCCUAACAAAUUUGGAAGAUUAGAAUAUUUUCAACACCUGCGCAAUGCCAAAUUCUGCCUUGCUCCACGAGGAGAAUCAUCAUGGACACUUCGCUUUUACGAGUCAUUUUUUGUGGAGUGUGUCCCAGUUAUCCUCUCUGAUCAAGUAGAAUUGCCUUUCCAGAAUGUCAUUGACUACACCCAAAUAUCAAUCAAAUGGCCAUCCAAUCUAAUUGGUCCUCAACUUCUGGAGUACCUAGCUUCAGUACCAGAUGAAGACAUUGAGGCAAUGAUAGCGCGUGGUAGACAUGUAAGGUGCCUGUGGGUUUAUGCCCUAGAAUCAAAGCCAUGUUCUGCAAUGCAAGGUAUACUGUGGGAACUUCAGAGGAAAGUGAGGCAAUUCCACCAGUCAGCUGAAACAUUUUGGCUGCAUAACAGAACUAUUGUUAAUAGAAACUUGGUUGAAUUCUCUCACUGGAAGCCCCCUAUGCCACUGCCUUAAUUGUGCAGGGGAUCAGUUAUAUAUUGGCUACUGGAUUUUGAGAUUAAUAUUUGGGUUCACUAAUCCUUUUUUUUCCAUAUUCAAAGGCCCCUUUUUCCUUCAAUGUCAAUUAGAAUGUUGUAAAAAACAGCAUCCAAUUAUGUACCUUUUUCUGACAGAAAUUAUUUAAUGAUAAUACAACAUUAACAGUUUU